AAAAGCUUUUAUUGAAAGAUGAAAAAUUAAAAUAAAAAUCCCCAGUACAAUUUACGGAGUUGUCCAAAACCCCAAAACCAACAAAAAUCCAACGACCAAAAAAUAACUUCCCACAAUUUCAUUCCUUUCCUUUCUUUCCCUUAUUCUCUCUUCUUCAUCUUCUCCUGUAACCUUCUUUUGCUUCCAUUUCCAUCCUUUCUCACCUCACUCACCUUUCACCACCAACAAACACACACAAUCAUUCCUUCACUUUCUCCUUAAUCUCUUCUUCUUCUUCUUCAACCUUCAUCUUCUUCCUUCAACUACCCCCCUUUCAAUUUCAUCCUCACUUUCUCUCUCCUCCAUUACUACCCCCAAAAUGCCAGGCUUAGUCUCUGCUAAAACUCCCCCACCAACACUUUCUCUCUCCUCCACUGAACAACCCACCUCCCAGAUCCGCCCCUCAACUGGGUCCCGCCUCAACUCCCCUUCUCCUGCACCCAAACGAACUCCCUCUCCUUCACCUUCAACUUCCCGGGCUAAACCCUCCCCUGAUCGGAGCUCCGGGAAGAAAAAACCCGACCCGCAAAAAACCCCUCUUAAUCUAGACGAAUCUUCCCUUGAUAACCCGGAUCUAGGCCCGUUUCUUUUGAAGCUUGCUAGAGAUACUAUUGCUUCUGGGGAUGGCCCGGUUAAGGCCCUAGAUUACGCGAUUCGAGCGUCGAAAUCGUUUGAGAGAUGUGCGGUUGAAGGGGAACCCAGUUUGGAUUUGGCGAUGAGUCUUCAUGUUGUUGCAGCGAUUUAUUGCAGUUUAGGGAGGUUUGAUGAAGCGAUUCCAGUUCUAGAAAGAGCGAUUCAAGUUCCAGAUGUUUCGAAAGGAGCUGAUCAUGCUUUAGCUGCGUUUUCUGGGUUUAUGCAGUUGGGUGAUACUCAUUCUAUGUUGGGUCAGCUUGAUAAAUCGAUUGAGUGUUAUAAAGAUGGGUUGAAGAUCCAGAUUCAAACUCUUGGGGAUUCUGAUCCCAGAGUUGCCGAAACUUGUAGGUACUUGGCUGAAGCUCAUGUCCAGACUAUGCAAUUUGAGGAAGCUGAAAGAUUGUGUAAGCAAACCCUAGAAAUUCACCGCGUUCAUAGUGCUCCUGCGUCUCUUGAGGAGGCAGCUGAUCGCCGUUUGAUGGCUCUCAUAUUAGAGGCAAAGGCGGACUAUGAGUCAGCCCUUGAGCACCUUGUUCUUGCUAGCAUGGCAAUGAUUGCCAAUGGACAAGAAACUGAGGUUGCUGCUAUUGAUGUUAGCAUUGGCAACAUAUACCAGUGCCUCUGCCGUUUUGAUGAGGCUGUUUUUUCUUAUCAGAAAGCCUUGACUGUCUUUAAAUCAUCCAAGGGUGAGAACCACCCUUCUGUUGCAUCUGUGUUUGUUCGCCUUGCUGAUCUGUACUACAAGACCGGAAAACUUAGGGAGUCGAAAUCUUACUGUGAGAACGCAUUGAGGAUAUACAACAAACCUGUUCCUGGAACAUCACAAGAGGAGAUUGCCAGUGGAUUGAGUGACAUUGCAGCUGUUUAUGAAUCAGUUAAUGAGCCUGAGGAGGCAUUAAGGCUCUUGGAGAGGGCUAUGAAAUUGUUGGAUGAUAAGGCAGGUCAGCAGAACACUAUUGCUGGGCUAGAAGCACGCAUGGGUGUGAUGUAUUACUUGAUUGGUAGAUAUGGUGAAGCUUUGGUUGCUUUUGAAAGUGCAGUUACUAAGCUUAGGGGCAGUGGAGAAAGAAAGUCAGCUUUCUUUGGUGUAUUGUUGAAUCAGAUGGGAUUGGCGUGCGUGCAGUUGUUUAAGAUAGACCAGGCCGCUGAAUUGUUUGAAGAGGCUAGAGCAGUCUUGGAGCAAGAAUGUGGCCCUUGUCACCAAGACACUCUUGGAGUAUAUAGCAACCUUGCAGCUACUUAUGAUGCUAUGGGAAGAGUAGACGAUUCUAUUGAGAUCCUGGAGUAUGUUGUCAAGUUGAGGGAAGAGAAGCUAGGUACAGCCAAUCCUGACUUUGACGAUGAGAAGAGCAGGCUUGCCGAGCUAUUAAAAGAAGCCGGCAAGAGCAGAAAUAGGAAAGCAAAAUCGCUGGAAAACCUCAUUGAUCCAAACACGAAGAGAACAAAGAAAGAGUCGACGAAGAGGUGGGGAGGGUUGGGUUUUAGGAUUUGAGGAAGCAGCUCCUCCGAAAUUCUAGCUGCUCUCUUGUGUAACAUAUAGUGUAUAGUUUUAAAUAUGUAAGCUUGUGUGCCCUUUCCUUUAAAAGGUCUUAGUUUCUUCCCUUGAUUUCAUUUAUUUUUAAUUGAUUGCUUAAAGCGAAUUUUAUUCUUCUGUCUUUCGACCUGGAGCUCUCCUAUGGGAAGAAAUUGAUGUCAUAGGGUCUGCGUUGCGUACAUGGAUGAGCUCUCUAAAGUAUCUUUUAUUUUCUGAUUAUUAUUAGUAGUGUUUGCCACUGUAAGCUGUAACACUGUAAGUUAUUGUACUCGGAAAAGAGUAUGCAUGCCGAUGAAAGGAAAGCUGUCUUGGGAUAACUCUAUAGUUGAUUCUUUUGGUCGAUGAAUUGUGGCCUGUAUGA